AUGCUAGAAAACAACCUUCGAAUCCUGCAAUUGAAUAUGAUGAAAUCGAAACCCUGCAUGGAAGCCCUUAUCAACGAUAACCAGACCCAAAACCUGGACAUACUCCUUAUCCAGGAACCAUCUACCACUAUGUAUCGAAGCCAUGUGAACCAUAGCGCAUGGAGACUACACCGACCAACAGUAACAAGCGAUUCUGUCAGAUUCAGGAGCCUUAUCUAUGUCAACCGGAGACUCUCUACGUCCUCCUACCGACAGGUGCACUGCGACCACCCUGAUGUAACAGCAAUCAAGAUCAGAACACCCGAACUACAGAUUCUGGUCUUCUCGGUGUACAUCGAACCUAUACCAAUGCAUAACCCGGGAGAAGCGUCAGCAAGACGUGUACUAUCAGCCAUACAUGACACGAUACAUAGUACUCUACAAAAUACAAACAAGACCACUAGUCUCAUACUGUCAGGAGACUUCAAUCGUCACCACCCGGCUUGGGGUGGUAACCAUGUCCAAUCCCGUUUCAUCGAAGAUGCGAGCGAAUUGAUCAAUUUCUUCAACACCUACAGCCUUCGGAGCUGCCUCCCACGCGGCACGGCAACUUUCUGGUCACUAAGCCACCCCGGUAGAAACUCUACUAUCGAUCAGACAUUGACGGACCGUCCGGGGAUGCUUCUCAAAUGCCAUCUUUACCAUGAUAAUUACGGCUCCGACCACCGAGCAACCUACUCGGAAUGGAGCCUCCGAAUGCCGCGCAACCCCGACACCAAACCAAGGAAGGCGUACGAACGAGCCGACUGGGAAAAGAUUGGAUGGGAUAUAUGGGAAAACAUGAGGCCCUGGGAGACGCCAGACACAAUUGAAACACUCGAUGCCACGGUGGAGAAACUUAUUCAAGCGACCGCGACGGCCAUUGACAAGGACAUCCCGAACCUACAACCGUCACCAUAUGCUAAGCGUUGGUUCACACCAGACCUCAAAACCCAACAAAAAGCAGUAAACCAAACACGGCGUAAAUGGCAAGAGAGCUGCGCAAGGGCAGGACGGGACGACCCCUACACUAAGCUACUCUCUGAGGAGAUGCGCCAAAAGCGCCGGACAUGGACACGGGCAAUUGAGAAAGCCAAAACCGCACAUUGGAAACAGUUUCUGGACAGAGCAGGGGAAGGGAGGCUUUGGAAAGCGGCGACAUACAUGCGGCCACGCGAAUCCUGGAGCAGCGUUCCGGCUCUCAAAGUCGAUAACCGCAGCGUGACUGGAAACCAAGAGAAGGCCGAAGCAUUUAUGGAUACAUUCUUCCCGACGAUGGCGCCGGCCCAGGAAGAGACACCCACACGAAUCCCAGCGGAACUCCCAUGGCAACCAAUCACAGAACUCGAAGUCUAUAGAUCCUUGCAGGCAGCGAAGAGCUCCACGGCGCCCGGAGAAGACGGGCUCCCGAUGCUGAUCUGGAAACGGCUGUGGAGACACCUUGGAAACCUCAUCACGCGAAUUUUCGCAGCAUCGAUUGACUUGGGGUACCACCCCCGAAAGUGGAGAAGCGCCCGGAUUGUGGUUCUACGUAAACCCGGGAAGUCGGAUUACUCGAUCCCGGGAGCGUACCGGCCGAUCUCACUGCUGAACACACUCGGCAAAUUACUUGAGGCGGUAAUGGCCCGGCGGCUGUCCUACCUCGCAGAGCACUACGGACUUCUCCCGGACACCCAGUUCGGCGGACGUCCGGGGCGAACAACCGAGCAGGCCCUGCUGGUGUUGACUAACGCAAUCGACCGGGCGUGGUAUGGACAGAGAGUAGUUACCUUGGUAGCCUUUGAUCUGAAGGGCGCUUUCAAUGGCGUGAACAAGACCAGCCUUGAUAUUCGUCUCCAAGCUAAAGGCAUUCCUAAGGUCGCUCGAAGGUGGAUUGCAAGCUUCAUGAGCGGUCGACAAGCCAGGAUUGGGUUCGAUGACUACUGCUCCGAGGUGAUACCGCUGGGAAAUGCCGGGCUGGCGCAAGGUUCCCCCUUAUCCCCUAUCCUCUUUGCGUUUUUCAACAGUGAUCUGGUGGACCAACCAGUCAACUAUCACGGCGGUGCAUCAGCCUUCAUCGACGAUUACUUCCGUUGGCGGGUUGGCCGAUCUGCUGAAGAGAACUUGGCUAAACUCCAAUCCGAGGAUAUACCCCGGAUUGAAGCCUGGGCUCGGAAAACAGGAUCGAGCUUUGCUGCCGAAAAGACUGAACUCAUCCAUAUCACCAGGAAGAGAAGGGAACAAUGUCGAGGUCAAAUCACCAUAAACAGCAGCGUCAUCACUCCAUCAACAACUGCAAAGCUCCUCGGCGUCAUUUUUGACCAUGAACUACGGUGGAAGGAACAUGUGCAACAAGCUGUCAAGCGAGCUACCAAGGUCAACGUGGCGAUUGGGGGGCUGCGGCAGCUUCGGCCUGAACAGAUGCGACAGCUAUACGAAGCGUGUGUCACACCAGUUGUUCAAUAUGCGUCAACUGUGUGGCACGACCCACUGCGAGACAAAACACACCUGAGACAGUUACGCACCGUGCAGCGUACGGCACUUAUUCGUAUUCUCUCCGCCUUCCGAACGGUAGCCACAUCCACUCUUGAUGUCGAAGCUUAUAUACUACCUAUCCAUCUUCGCCUACGCCAGCGUGCUCAAACCACCAUCACUCAACUCCACACAUUGCCACGGAAGCAUCCAAUCCGGGAAGUCCUGCUUCGGGCCCGGAGACGACGAGGUAAUGUCGGAUCACACGCCCGGUUCCCGCUCGCGGAGACUCUGAAAACCAUGAACUUAGAAAGGCUCGACGACCUGGAAAUGAUUGAUCCAGCCCCACAACCACCGUGGCGAACUGAAGCUUUUUCUAAAAUCGACAUUGCGACCAAUCGAGAAAUAGCGAUGGAGCAGGCGGAGGCAGCACGGUCCGAGUCGGACCUUGUGGUGUACUCCGACGCCUCGGGGCGCCAAGGCCACCUGGGUGCCGCAGCCGCAGUCCUCGAUGACGAAUCGGUAACGACUGGGAGCCUACAGAUACAGGUCGGACCCACGGACCAAUGGUCGGUGCAUGCCGCCGAACUAAUCGGUAUCCUUUAUGCGAUCAAUCUUAUCAAUAGAAUCGUGCUGCAACAGCGGAGAGCCGGCCAGAAACGAGCGAGAACCGUCACUAUUCUCAGCGACAGCACGUCAGCACUGCUGGCUAUUCAGAAACCCGGCAGUAAAUCAGGCCAACAAAUUAUCUAUGCGAUACUUCAAGCAGCCAAGAAUACGAGAACGCACGGGGUUACAAUUCGAUUGCAGUGGGUUCCCGGACACAGCGAGAUCCUCGGUAACGACACAGCCGAUCGGCUGGCCAAAGAAGCAGCUAUACCUGGCAAAACACACCCGUUUUCCCCCCUGCUCUCGCGUGAAAGAGCAUACAUCAGGCACGGAAUCCUUACUCAAUGGGAGAAAGAAUGGAAAGAGUCCAGGGACGGCGGCCAUCUCCGGAAAAUCGACAACACACUGCCAGCAAAAUACACCAGACGACUCUACGGAGCUCUGCCAAGAAAUCGAGCAUACCUUCUGACCCAGAUACGGUCGGGACAUUGCUGGCUGUCCACGUACGGCAAGUUGUUCGGCUUCCGCGAUGAUGACCGGUGCCUCUGCGGUGGACGGGAAAGUAUAAUACACGUCCUUUUAGAUUGCCCGCUGCUCAGAGACCUACGUCGAGAGCUCCGGGCAAAGGUCGGUGAUGCGCUCAAUAGCAUGUCAGUCCUGCUGGGCGGAUCUUGCCAGGAGGGUGGAAGUAGAGUCAGCAACGCUUCGCGCACUAAGACAGUCGAGGCCGUCUUGGAUUUUGCGGAAGCAUCCCAGCGAUUUCGAAGCCGCGUGCCAUAA